AUGCCUCAAUUGCAAGUAACAAUCGUUGAAGCUCGAGGUUUAAAACAACAAGACACGUUUAGUGCUAAUGAUGGAUUCGUCGAAGUGUAUCUUGAUAAAAACUAUAAACAAAAAACAAAAACAAAGAAAAACUCAAAUAAACCGCAGUGGAAUGAAACGUUUGUGUUUAACCAUCAAACGGGUCAAGAUACUCUGUUUUUGGAUGUAUACGAUCAAGAUUUGUUGACAAAGGACACAAUUGGAAAAACAACAAUCGAUUUGAAAAAAAUUUAUGAUAAAGGUAAGGAGAAGAAUAACAAACAAAGUUAUAUACAAACACGUACAAAUAUUUUAGGUCAUCUUGAUGCAUGGAUUAAAUUACCACACAAGACGGAUCAUACAUCCUCGAAUGGAGAAUUACAUGUGAUAAUUGAUUAUCAAACCUUCGAUAAACAAUACGCUUAUUUAUAA